GAAGUAGAGGUAAGACCCGCUCAAACGCUGGGUCCUCACGUGUUUGUACGCGUGUUUCAGGAGGGCUGUACAGCGCAAACUCAGAACGCUUCUCCUCGUGGACUGUGUGCAAGAGAGGUUGCAGCCGCAGGAGGACCCAUGGUUUUGUGAAGAAAAAACGUUUAUAUUGAUAUUUAGGAAUAAAGAAGUCAACAUAUCAUUGAAAAUGCUGGUGUUGUUCGAAACCGCUGCCGGCUAUGCUAUUUUCAAGGUCCUGGAUGAGAAGAAGCUCCAGGAGGUGGAUAGUUUAUGGAAGGAAUUCCAGACUCCAGAAAAAGCAAAUAAAAUUGUGAAACUCAAACACUUUGAGAAAUUCCAAGACACAACAGAAGCUCUGGCAGCGGCCACUGCAUUGGUGGAAGGAAAGAUUGGAAAGAGCCUGAAGAAGGUCUUGAAGAAAGUGGUUGCAAAGGAAGCACAUGAACAACUGGCCAUCAGUGAUGCUAAACUGGGAGGAGUAAUCAAAGAUAAGCUGAACCUGAGUUGCGUACACAAUACUGCUAUUGCAGAGCUGAUGAGGGGGAUUCGUAAUCAGAUGGAAUCCUUAAUCACUGGCCUGCCUCCCAGGGAGAUUAGUGCUAUGUCUCUUGGUUUAGCUCACAGCUUGUCCCGCUACAAACUGAAAUUCAGCCCUGAUAAAGUGGACACAAUGAUUGUGCAAGCUAUCUCCCUGCUUGAUGAUUUGGACAAAGAACUGAACAAUUACAUCAUGCGCUGCAGAGAGUGGUACGGGUGGCAUUUCCCUGAAAUUGGAAAAAUCAUCACAGACAACCUUGCCUAUUGCAAAAGUGUGAAGAAAAUAGGGGUCAGAACCAAUGUUGCCACCACAGAUCUUUCAGACAUUUUGCCUGAGGAGGUGGAGGGAGAGGUGAAAACGGCAGCAGAGAUUUCCAUGGGGACAGAAGUGUCAGAAGAGGAUAUUGGGAACAUUCUGCACUUGUGUGACCAGGUAAUUGAGAUCUCUGAAUACCGUGCGCAGCUUUAUGACUACCUGAAGAACAGAAUGAUGGCCAUAGCUCCAAAUCUUACUAUCAUGGUAGGAGAACUUGUUGGAGCUAGACUCAUUGCACACGCUGGAUCGCUCUUGAAUUUAGCAAAACACCCGGCUUCCACAGUUCAGAUCCUUGGAGCAGAGAAAGCUCUCUUCAGAGCAUUAAAGACAAAAAAGGACACUCCUAAGUAUGGUUUGAUCUACCAUGCAUCAUUAGUAGGACAGACGACACCAAAAAACAAGGGAAAGAUCUCCAGAAUGUUGGCUGCCAAGGCUUCCCUAGCAAUCCGAUACGAUGCCCUGGGUGAGGACACAAACACAGAUCUGGGAGUAGAGAGCAGAGCCAAGCUGGAGGUCAGGUUACGACAUCUAGAAGAGAAAGGGAUCAGAAGGAUAAGUGGAACAGGAAAAGCAAUGGCAAAAACGGAGAAGUACCAGCAUAAAAGUGAAGUGAAAACAUAUGACCCAUCUGGAGACUCCACGUUGCCCUCAGUUUCAAAGAAAAGAAAAUUAGAAGAGGAAGAGGAACCGACUGAGGUCAAAGUGAAGAAAAUGAAAAAGGAACGCAUGCCAGAAGAAGCGGUAGAGGAGGAGGAGGAGGAGGCAGAGGAGCCUCCAAAGAAAAAGAAGAAAAAGGAAAAGAAGCAUGAGCCGGCUGAGGAGGAAGAACCUGCUGCUGUAGAGGAAACCUCAGAGAAAAAGAAGAAAAAGAAAAAGAAGAAAGCAAAGGAAGAGGAGGAUGAAUAAAGCGGCAUUUCUGUUUAGUUUUGUUUUUGGCCAUACCCAGUGUCUUUGUCUAAUUUCCCUUAAACUUUAUACUGUUUUUAGUUUCAUAUACAUUAAGUAGUCGCUGCCAUAUGGUUUAUUAUAUGACCCUUGUAUUUAGGGCUGUCAUUUUAAUUUGUCCCCAUUUUGUACAGAUACAGAUCUUGCUGUAAAACA